UUUUCGGCCGCAAAAACUAAAAAGCCAUUCAAUUCAAAUGUUCGAAACUAAGUCCGAACAAUACUUUUCACGUGCGGUAGUAUUCGACGACGAGCUUUUUACGUAUAAGUAAUAAAGAAUUAGACUUCAAUAUCUCCGAGGAUACGGAACCGUAACGAGAAUCAUGCCCAAGAAUGGUAUACCAGACAGAUGGGAAAGUUACACCCCUUUCGGUAAAGUGAUCGGACAGACUCGAUUUAUCGCAUUUAAAGUUCCUCUAAAGGAAAAUCUGUGUAGAAUAUUGCCUGCGACGAUGAGAUUUACGCCGUCCAAUCUAAUUUCGUCCAUCGACAAAUUAGGAAUGGUAAUCGAUUUGACCAACACCCGCAGAUACUAUAAUUCCGCAGAAAUCACCGACUGCGGAGUGUCCUAUCUGAAAAUUUUCUGUCGGGGAAAGGUAGUUCCAGAUCGAAACGUCGUCCAGAAGUUCUUCGAGGCCGUCGACGACUUUUUAAGGAAUAACGAUAAAGGUCUGAUAGGAGUCCAUUGUACGCACGGCGUCAACAGAACCGGGUAUCUAAUCUGUAAAUACAUGAUCGACAAAUUACGGUACGACGCCAAAGACGCCAUCCUCGAGUUUAAUAACGCUCGGGGUCACGACAUCGAAAGGGUGGAGUACAUAAACCAUUUGUGCAGAAUCGAAAACGGCGAGUCCAACGGAAAAGACAACGAAACUUAGAGAAAAAGUAGCGAUUGGCAAGCGGAGAAAAAAGUGUUUAAAUCCGACUUUAACGGUGGAAAAAAUUACAUCGGAAACGCAACGAAUUACGGCAGAAAUUACACGAGAGAUUAUUGUUUUGGAGAGAACUCUCGGUAAAACGACUUUAAUUCUAGAUAAAGUAGUCUAUGCGAUUAUUUGUACGGACCACCUUCGAACGACGACUGGUACCAACAGUGGUGGAACUCGAACCACGACGGUCAGAAUUCCUUCUUCCGUUCUAGAAGUAAGGGCGAUUCCAGGACUUAAUCGAGAAAUGUCCGAGAUUCGAAUUAUCGCUGGUCGUUGGACAAUUUCCACGCCAACCGUCGACCUGUUUCUGAGAACUUUUUAUUAAAUUCCGAUGCAUAUUCGCCUAUAUUGGCAUAAGUUCCUUCGAACAUUCGUGAAUAUUUUCAAAAAAAAAAAAAAAUUAAUUUUUAAAGUAGAAUAUAUUUAAAAAUGAAUUUCUUUGAUAAUUGAGGAUAAACUAUCUUUGAAUUAAAAUGUGUAUUAUUAUCGUAAAUAUGUAAAAAUACGAAAUUUCUUCACUUAUAUAUUAA